AUGGAGUCCGGCGCAACCGUGCGUAUCCAUCCAGUAGUCUUAGCGUCAAUUGUGGAUGCCUAUGAAAGACGGAAUGAGGGCACUGAAACGGUUAUUGGAACACUACUGGGCUCCGUUCACAAAGGGAUGACGGAGGUUACUAAUUGUUUUGGUGUUCUCUAUGCCGAAUCCGAUGCCAUUGUGCUGAUGGACCUCGAACUGCGCAAGAGCAUGAGCCAGUUGGAAAGAAUGGUCAAUCGUAAUCAGAGGAUGGUCGGUUGGUAUGCGACCGGGAGUGAAAUAACCGAGUACUUCAAACUCAUUCAUCAAGUUUACUAUAUGCAGUCGACAAACUCGGAGGUAUUAUUCCUAUUGGUGGACGUUAGCUUAUCUGUCGGCGACAAACUGGGAAUCAAAGCCUAUCUUAGCCGACCACUUGGUAUCCCUGGUGGGACAAGAGGUAUUGUCUUUGUACCGCUGGAAGUGGAAAUUGAGUUCUACGCUGCUGAACGGUGCGCAGUAGAAAUGAUGGCAUCAGCUAUCAACCCCAAAUGUCAGUUGCAGCCAGAAAUUAGUCAACUGUCGGCCACGGGAGAGCUUGUGGAACAGACUUCGCAACUUAGUUUCUCUUCACCCAAGCCAUCAGUCGGUGGAAACUCACCCCUACCGAUUUUUUGGACAGCAGUCAUUGCAGCUAGUCAAAUGAGCUGGAGCCAAAAUGAUCUACAUUCGCGCUUGAAGGUAGAUGAAGAGCCAUCAGGUGCAUAUUACACUCCUGCGGCUGUGCCGAAAUGUCGGAAGAAAAAGAGACGCCCAGCAUAUACGUCCACGCCAUCAGCAACCUCGCGUUCUGCUACAAAGACCCCGCAGUCUCCGAUUAGUCAACUGUCGGCCACGGGAGAGCUUGUGGAACAGACUUCGCAACUUAGUUUCUCUUCACCCAAGCCAUCAGUCGGUGGAAACUCACCCCUACCGAUUUUUUGGACAGCAGUCAUUGCAGAAUCACAUGCUCUGCUCUCUCGAAUCGACAAAGAUCUACACUACAGGCAACAGGUCCUACUCGAUUCCGUUUCGCACUGCCUAACUGCGGAGGGUGCUUAUCGAUUGGCACUUCUGUGGCGGCACCUGGGUAACCUGAUCCGAUGGUCUGCGGUGACAGAAUUAACUGACCAUGCUUUAGAAACCAUUCGAUAUCUUGCUCAGUAA